AUGUUCACGGCUUCUGCUCGAAGCCGUCUCUCCACCACUCUUUCACGGCCCCGUCUCUCCCCGACCAACUCGCUCCUCGCCAGAUCUGCUGCGGCUCCAAUUAUGGCCCCUCGGCGCAAGGCUUCGUCGGUCCCGGAGGGCUACAAGGAAGACCUCUCCAAAGGCAACCUGCUUCGUUUCGAAGAUUCUCUCCCCCGUCUACCCGUCCCCACAUUGGAAGAAACUGCUCGUCGCUACUUGAAGUCCGUCCACGCCUUGGUCUCGGACGCCGAGUAUGAGCGCACCAAGAAGGCCGUGGAGGCUUUCGUGAAGCCCGGCGGUGAAGGCCAGCCUCUGCAGGAACGGCUGCUGGCCCGCGCCGCUGACCCGAACAACAAGAACUGGCUCACCGAGUGGUGGAACCACGCUGCCUACCUGGGGUACCGCGACCCCGUCAUCCCCUAUGUCUCCUACUUCUACUCCUACCGGGACGACCGCGCCCGGCGCAACCCCGCCAAACGUGCCGCCUCCGUAGCGACCGCGGCGCUGGAGUUCAAGCGUCAAGUGGACGACGGUUCGUUGGAGCCUGAGUACAUGCGCGGCCAGCCCAUGGCCAUGAGCUCGUACGAGUACAUGUUCAACUGCUGCCGUAUCCCCGCUGACGGUGCGGACUACCCCCAGAAGUACGCCGCCAAGGACAACGAGCACAUCGUGGUGGUGCGCAAGAACCAGUUCUUCAAGGUGCCUCUGGUGGUCAACGGCCAGAAGCUGAACGUGUCGGAGCUGGAGCAGCAGUUUGAGCGCAUCUACGAGGUCGCACAGCCGGCUCCGGCGGUCGGAACGCUGACCGUGGCUAACCGUGACCUCUGGACCGACGCUCGGAAGAAACUGGUGGCGGCGCACCCCGCCAACGAGCAGGCGCUGCGCGACAUCGAGUCCAGCGGCUUCGUCAUCUGCCUCGACGAUGCCAACCCCGUGACCCUGGAGGAGCGGGCGCAUCAGUACUGGCAUGGUGACGGCGCCAACCGCUGGUUCGACAAGCCGUUGCAGUUCAUCAUCAAUGACAACGGCACUGCCGGCUUCAUGGGCGAGCACAGCAUGAUGGACGGCAGCCCCACCCACCGCAUGAACGACCACCUCAACAACCUCAUCUUCAACAACCGCAUCGACCUGUCGGCGCAGCAGGUGCGAUCGGACCUUCCCGAUCCCCGCCCCAUCAACUUCCACCUGAACAAUGAGGUGCUGGAGUCGAUCGACGCCGCCACCAAGGAGCACCGACAGCAGAUCGCCUCGCACGAGCUGCGCGUGCAGGCCUACCAGGGCUACGGCAAGGGCCUCAUCAAGAAGUUCAAGUGCAGCCCGGAUGCCUACGUGCAGAUGGUCAUCCAGCUGGCCUACUUCAAGAUGUACGGCAAGAACCGGCCCACGUACGAGUCGGCGUCGACGCGGAAGUUCCAGGAGGGUCGUACCGAGACCAUCCGCACUGUGUCGGACGACAGCGUGGCCUUCUGCAAGGCGAUCUCCGAUCCCGCCGUACCCCGCGAGGAGGCCGUGCGUCUCUUCCGAUCGGCGCUGGCCGCCCACUCCAAGUACACCGCGGAGGCUAGCGACGGCCGCGGCGUCGACCGCCACCUGUUCGGUCUGAAGAAGCUGCUCCGCGAGGGCGAGAAGCUGCCUGCUCUGUACGAGGACCCGGCCUAUGCCUACAGUGGCUCCUGGUACCUGUCGACAAGUCAACUGAGCUCGGAAUUCUUCAAUGGCUACGGAUGGAGUCAGGUCAUUGAUGACGGAUUUGGUAUUGCCUACAUGAUCAACGAGAACAGUCUCAACUUCAACAUCGUCUGCAAGCGCAUUGGUGCUGAGCGUAUGAGCUACUACUUGAACGAGGCCGCCUCGGACUUGAGGGAUAUGCUUAUGCCCGACUUGGCCGCCCAGUCCGAGAAGGCGAAGAUGUAA